GCCGUCGUAGUUGUCUCUCAGUCAGGCUCGAAGACCCACGUCGACCAUCGUCGACCCACGUCAGUCUUACCGUGAAAUGAGACGCGGAGCGGUGAAUGUCCUGAAACGCCGAUCGCCAUCAUUUCAGGAAAAGAGCACAGAUGAAUCAAUAUGGAAACUGGGGAAGCUGAAGGAAAGUGAGGUCGAAAGUGUUCUGUUGCCAGAGCUAAAACGUUCAGAAGAGAAGCUUCCGAAAGCAUUGAAGUUCUUCAGUGAGCAGAAACGUGGCGAUUUGGCUGCUGCUACUUUGCGGGCAGUCCUUAAAGAUGACAGCAUCAAGCUGAAGACAUCUCAUUACACACGGGGAAUUACAGCAUGUGCCAGGUCCAACAUGCCACAACAAGCAUUGAAGUUGUUCCAUGCCAUGCACAAGGCAAAGCUUCAGCCUAAUGUCAUCAGCUACAACUCCACCAUCAGCGCAUGUGAGAAGGGCGGGGAAUGGCAGCAAGCAUUGAAGUUGUUCGAUGCCAUGCACAAGGCAAAGGUUCAGCCAGAUGUCAUCAGCUACAGUGCCGCUAUCAGCGCAUGUGAGAAGGGGCGGGCAAUGGCAGCAAGCAUUCAAGUUUUUUGAGGCCAUGUCAAAGCAGAACGUUUUGCCAGAUUUAGUUACUUACAAUGCUUUGUUGCAGAAUGCCGCAGUUCACUCUGGCGAGAUUGGUAGGCAGUUGUUUCUGCAAUGCAAGUUGCCAGAGAUUCGGAGACUGCGAGCAUGUGGAUCUUCCGAAGUGGACCUUCACGGCCUUUCGGAGGGAACUGCGUGUCUUGCUUUGCGGGAUUGGCUGUCCAAUGCAGUCGCCCGAGAUUUGGAGAGAAGCGACCCAGUGACUGGUAUAAUCAUCACUGGUUAUGGAAAAUCUCGCAAGGAGUGGCAGGCAAGUGAUGUACGUCAGGCAGCCUUGAACUUGUUUCAAAGCCUGGGACUCAAGGCCUUUCCCUUGCCUGAAAACCCAGGUCGGCUUCGACUUGUCGUUUUCAAGAGACAUUUGCCUGUGCUGCGGGGUGCGUGGUACGGC